GCACCCAUUAGUGAGCCAGUGGUAGCAGCAGAUGGGUUCACAUACGAGCAGCAGCACAUGCAGCAGUGGCUUGCAUCCAGCUCCCUCUCUCCUGUCACCGGCCAACCGCUGCCACACACCUUCCUCACACCCAACGUUGCUCUCAAGCUGCUCUCCUAG